CAGCUAGUCGAGGUGUGACGGUCGUGGAGGGAGGAGGACGUUCCGUGUGGCCUUACGUUCAUAUCUCCAAUGCCAGUGAUUUUGGGAUUAAUUCCUAGUCAAACGAAUGCGUAGUUGUGAUUCCGUGUGCACAAGUGGAUUACUCUGAAGGUGAAAAGUGUAUAAUACAGUAUCAGUGGAUUUUAAGGUGACCAGGUUUUUGUACAGGAUUGCUUCCUCCACCAUUCUGAGAUGGCGACGGUAUAAUCAUUUGGAACAAGAGAAACUACACAACUACUGUUCCACUAGAGGCUGGUGUGAUGUGUGAGGAUGUCGGGUGAGGAUGGAGUCCACACGUGUCUACUACGAGCACCCCGCCGCCCACGCCAACCUGCCGCCCAGGGACUAUGGGGGCAGCGUGACCCCGGCCAAAGCCAGACGCUCCUGGAGUGAUGUGCUCAAGUUCCGCUCUCACACCAAGGACCGUCACCUGACGCAGGUGACUGGCAAUGCUCCUCCCUCCACCAUGCCACCACCACCACCGCCCUCUCACAGCUAUAUGGCCGAGUACAGGCAAAAGUAUGGAGCCUACAAUGGAACAGUGGGUCGCUCCUCCUACCAAGCCAUGACCGUGGUGAAGAGCAUUUCUCCGCCACAAAUCCCACCAUCUGCCAGCCUCCAGAAAGGUUACCCCAGUCACGGUUACCCUACUAAUGGUUAUGCCAAGCAUGUGACUUCAGGUGGCACAAUCUCUGCUGCCACUAGGGCCACUAUGGCCUCCACGGUGCGCUACACAGAUUGGUUUGGUUCUGUGGUGGGUCGGCGCCCCCCAGUGCGGCCCCCACUGCCUACCUUUGUUGCCGCACCACCUCUGAAAACCACAGAGAAAAGCAGUCCUUGGGACCACUACGUGACGCUGGACCCUGUAUAUGAGGCGCCACAUGUUGUGCCAGUUCAGCUAUACACUAACGUAUGUGUUUGUCCUAACCAGAUGAUCAACACCAGAGGACGAAAGAAGAAAAAAUGUAAAAGAUGUGGCAGGAAAGUUGCAAGCGUGCGACAUGCCACCACUGGCGUAGCAGCAAAGGUGCGGCCAGCAAUCCCAGCUAACAUGUACCAACCUUCCCCUCCACAACUCCCGCCAGUGGCUCCUCAGCACACCUGGGGAUGGCAGGUGCUGGAAGAGAGGGUCUAUGAGCGGUAUGAGGUACAAACUCGACCAAAUGCCUACUCACCUGCUCAUCCACUCAGUGAUGAAGAGUCACCACCGCCAACGCCUGAAACAGUUCGUAGUAUGAAAAGCGCAAAAAGUAGCGACAGCUCUGCAACCAUUACUCGUGACACACCAGAGCCCAAAAGGACUGCCCCUCCUCCUCCCUCCCUCCCUCGUGCCCUCCCUUCUACUUCAGUCACACCUUCCAUUAGUGCCAAAGAAAAUUCUUCAACAAGUGACACGGGCGAUAAACGCAGCUCCAUAUUGUUAGAAAAUCCAACGGCUUACCAGCUGAUUUCUCACUAUGGCCAAACAGGAACACGCACAGGUUCAGACACUGACGAGCUUAGCGACAAUGCCCUGGAAGUAUCUUAUGAUAGCUGGGAUACAGAUUCUUCUCCAGCAGCAACCACAGGCCCUGUCCAGAAAGGGCAGGUUAAUGUGAUAACUAUUGGUGAUGCCCAGCCUCAGUCUGUUUCCAUGAUGCUGUCUCCCAAGAUAGAAAAUAUCACUGACCUAAGAAAUAAAGUCAGAAUACCUGUACAUACAAAUUCUAAUAAAACUGCCUAUAGUCCGAAUGAUCAGUCUUCCAACUAUAAGGAAUUAUUAUCUAAUUACACAAAUAAGUUUCCAUUAAUAAAAUAUCACAGUUCAUCAAGUAGUGAAAAUUCACCACGAACUUCCUCUGACAGUAGGAGUGCACCGUCCAACACUAAGAGUUGCAGCAAGAGUGCGGACUCCGAUAAUGAACGUUCUUCACUUAAUAGCAAGAGUAUUGCACUGAAUGGUAAAUGUACCUCAGCCAAUGAUAGAAUUGGCUCAUCUAACAAUAAAACUAGUGUCUCCAAAAAUAGAAAGAUUUCCAGUAACAAGAACUCAUUGACUAGCGGUAAGAAUACAGGAUUGAAUGAAAACAUGUAUAAUGGGGGCAACAGUAGCUUGACCAACAAGAUUUUAGCCUCCAGUGUAAAAUUGCCUAUGUUAGAUGGCCAGAAUAACCCUGCAAUGAACGGCAUCAGCAGUGGUUCCAGACUGGAGGUGAAGAAGUUGCAUGAGACGAGUGAGUUACAAUAUGGAGGCAGCACUGUCCGCAUUGCUGGCCAGCGCAUGCUCGUCCUUACUCCUGGCUGCCCACAGACACACUCCCAGUCUGGAUUUUCUAGUGAAGAUGAAAAUGAAGCGAGUGUUGAGGAUGAUACUAGUGAUCAUCCCAGUGAUUAUCCCAUGUCCUCGCCAACUACUACUCGAGGUUCAGAUACUGAUACAUUACUCGAGGAAGAUGAUUUACCACUUGAUUUUUCAAAUCCAACAUAUAACACUUCUAGUUCACAUCAUGAGCAUUCUAGUCAUAAUUUUGACUCAUCAGAGCCUCUACUUGAUUCUUCUAAUACGCAAUGUGAACCUUGGACGCCAGCAAGAAAUACCAUCUUAGAGGAAGAAGAGAUUAAAGAUGAAUGGCUGAUUGGAACUAAUCACAAAGGCGAUAUGCUUGAUGAUGAUGAUGAAUCGGCUUUACUUGGAGAUGAAGAUGAAAAAGAUGACCCAAGUGUGAGUUCUUCAUCAACCAACUCACCACUACGCCAGAAGGGCAUUCAUACCACACUCUCAGAACUCUUGAAAGUCAAGUCUAUUUUGAAAAAACCACCUUCAGUCGACACUAGUUCAGAAACCGACUCAGAUUUUUAUUUGCCAACAUUUUCCGAGUUCAAACAAAAUCAAAGGAAGAAGAAGCAAGUGCAGUUUAGAUCGUCACAUGAUGUAACGGUGAUAGAGGAUGCUGGAGAGUCCAAGGGCCGCAAGGUAUCAUCAAAAUCUCCCAGGAGAGAGCGGGAGAAAGUGAAAGAAAAGCAGAAAAAUGAUUAUAACUUGAUAUCAGAUUUGCAAGAUGUGUACGCAAGAAAUAACAAUUCUAAAGUGUUCAAGAGCAAUAUGGAGGAUGAAUGUAGUGAUGCAAAAUUUAGCCAUGAACAAGCUUUGACUGGUGAGUGUGAUGAAAAAGUGACAGUUUCUGAGGAUUGCAGCCACCGUAUCAAAGAGGAUCUGGGAGAAGUGGGACGACAAGAGCACGUGGAGGACGGAGAACCAUGCUCAAGUAGUGAACAAAGUGUUGUCACUGAACAAAAUGCAAAAAUAUUGUGCAGUGUGGACCAGAAGAGAAAUGAAGACUCAUGCAGAGGUGAUGAAUGUGAAGGGUCUAGCCUCCAUCGUAGUCUGAGUGACCAUCAGACCUCGGAUGUGAGCACAACAAAUUCCCACGAUACAUUAAAUUUUGAUUUUAAUUCAUAUAACAAGCUACCUGUUGCAAGCUUCAAUAUAUCUUCUCCAUCUGUCAUUACACCAACCCGACAAGCUCCACCACCACCCAGAAGUCGUACUCUCAGUCCCACAAGGCCAAAUGUUCCACCACCACCACCACCUACCUCAAGACCUGUAUCUCUGAGUGUAGCACCUCCUAAAAUUUCACCACCUCAGCGACCACUGCCAUCUCCUCCUCCUUUACCACUCAAUCCUCCCCCAGAGUCACCGUCACCGUCACCUCCAAUACCAACAUCAUCUCUGCCAGUCCUGGAAGAAAGACAUCAUGUGGCUGUUAUAAAUCAUAGUUCUGAAGAUUUACCCUCACCUCAGAGUCCAACCUUCAGCAGCUUCAAGGCAAACACAUUUACUGUAAACCCACCCAAAAAGAACAGUCCCUCUCUGGCUCUUCCUGCAACGACCUCAGACAUGCCAUGCUCAACAGAAUGCCUUCGGGAAGUGUUAUCACCAUUAGGAUGUGUUCCUGUAUUUGGUGCUGAUGAGGAGACUCGCACAGCAACAAUACGUGGACGAGGUGCUGCCCAUGCCAGACCAUCCAUUGUGAAUGCCUUUACAACCAGGGCCUCUGCCAAUACUUCAUCAUCAUCAUCUCCUCCUGUAGCUCCAAGGAGACGGAAUAGAAACCGUUCUUUAAGUCCAGAGACAAAUGAAAGUACGACAGGAAAUAGCACACGUAUAUUAAGUGGACGAGUGCACCGAGCUUCCUUUCUAAAUGGUAUGGCCAGAGAUGAAAACCCCUAUGAACAGAUCACUGAUCAUAUUUAUGAGGAGCUCUUCUCUCAUUCUCCAUCUCGCACAUCCACAUUUACUGGCCACAACAAUCCAGCUCUCGGCAGUUCACCGCAUAAAUCACCUUCUCCAGGAAAGUCCAUGUUUGAAGGUGCAUCUAAAUAUGAAAUCCUGGAAUAUCUGCAGGAUGCCCGGCGUAGGGUAGCCAACACUGUAGAUGAGGAAGAGGAGGAUGUUACAUUACAGGGUAUGGAGGAUGGUUCACUGGAUGCUGAAGUAGAUCUCGAGGAUGAAGAGGAGGAUCAGUUAGGGGUUGACCCAUCUGAGGAUCACUUCACUGUUCUCACCUCAAGAAACAGAGGAAAUAGAUCAUCCAACAUGAGCUCAAAUUCUGAUUCAUCGGAAAACAGUGGACUUCUGAGGUCAGAUAAGGAACGGCUGACAACAGGUGAGAUUGAAAGAACUGACUCUGGCGUGGGAUCAGAAACCAGCAAACCUACUGUGGUAGUUCGUCGAGGUCAACGAGGAGCAGGCGGAGCCAUGGCCACCAGGGAUGGUGAUGUUCCUCUUUGUGAUGACUGUGAUGCUCCUGUUGACACUCAUAUCACCAACAGUGGAGUGGUAUAUGCACCACUGGUUUGCCGUCGCUGCUCACGCCGACGCCAGGAAAGAAAGGAGAUUCUCACAGAGAUUAUGGAAACAGAGAUCAAAUAUGGCCGAGACUUGCGUGUCAUGGUGGAUGAGUUUUACAGACCUAUCUUAGUUGCUGGUCUUCUCAGUCAUGAUCAGCUCAGAGGAAUAUUUUUAAAUGUUGAGGAGCUGGUGGAGCACAACCGGGGCUUCUCUUUACAACUGAGGGAUGCUUUAGAGAUAGCGCUAGAUCAGGGGGAUGAAGAUCUUCUGACGGUCAAUGUGGCUAAACUCUUCCUUCAUGCAGCUCCAAUGCUUCAUGCCUUUGAAAAUUAUUGUGUGAGACAGGGUUCAGCCUCAAUAUUACUACAGACACUUGAGAAGGAGAGGGAGCUGCUGAGAAUAUUCCUCAAGGUAUCCCAAAUGGAGAACACAUUACUGCGGCGAAUGAAUCUUCAUUCUUUUUUAAUGGUUCCUGUUCAGCGUGUAACUAAAUACCCAUUAUUGCUGGCAAGACUGUAUAAAACCACUCCUCCAACUCAUCCUUCCCGAGAGGAUUGCCGGCGUGCCAAAGAGAAGAUUGAAUUACAUUUACAGCAUAUGAAUAAUGAAACAAAGGAGAUAAGCCCAACAAAAUUAUGGCGUAGAAUUUCUAUGAGCGUGGGUAGUGGUACUCCUCUUAAACGUUCACCACAACCACAUGAUUUUUCUACCAAUCUCAAGCUCAGGAAGUUGGGACUGGAAGUCUUAGAGUGGAGUGAAGAGGAGGCAAGAGUAGUUAGAGAAGGACGUCUGUUCUGUCUGGCACCAGAUUCAAACAACUGGACGCGAAGAGGUCGCUCCCUGAAGAUGGCAUCAGUUCAUGUCAUACUGAUUACUCUUGGUUCACCCACAUCAGUGUUUGAAGAAGCAGUUCCAGAGGAUGGUCUUGUGACACCGCGAAAUUUGGGUAUAAAAGAUGCAGCAAUACUUGCUUUCAAGGAUCACAAAGUUUCCAAAACAGCUUUGAUACGACACGAGCCAUGGCUGCUGAGUCGGUGUGUGGUAGCAUGGGAGUCUGAGGGAGAGACUGAGUGUUUUGAAAUGACGGAUCUCAACUCCAAAGAUACAUACAUUUUCAAGGGCAGUGACUCUACAAGUACAGAGGCAUGGUUCCGGUACAUUCAGUUCCAUGCUCUCUCCGUGGGGAUGUGGAAGAGAAGACGACCUGCCCUUGCUAAUAUUAUGAUCAAUGGAAUGAAUAGGAGCUAGUAUAAAAUAUAAGCUUUAUUGAACAUUUUGUACGUUACUUAUGCAAGUGGUAGAAUAAUGCAGGUUUUGGAAGACUUCUUAGAAAGUGUUGCAUGUGUGUGUGUGUUAAAGUGCCGAAUGAUUAACGAAGCUAAUUAUUAUAACAAUUAUUAAAAUAAUA